AUAUAUAAGCAGAUUCAUGGAGUUAGAGAUCAUCAAACUCAGCAGAUUUCUCAAAUUUAAGCAUUCUAAAGCAUCCAACAAUGGCUGCUCGCUACCAUUUACGAUCAAUCAGCUUACCUUCCAGAUCCCAUCCCACUACUGUGAGAAUCGAAGAGCAAUUGAGCAAGCUGAAGGCAUGGGAGAAUUCAUCUCCUUCAACCUCCAAGUCAAUCCGCGAUGGCUUAUUGGGCCUGGACGACUUGUACGCUUCCAUGGAUGCGCUUCUCCACAUGGCUUCAACCAAACAGCUCCUAUCGAGCCACCAGAAUCGGAAAUGGGUGGACGGAUUGGUUGACGGAUUCAUGAAGCUUCUGGACAUCUGCAGCAAGACAAGAGACAUGAUACUGCAAAUCCAGGAACAAGCUCAAGCUCUGCAAUCCGCCCUUCGAAGAAGAAAGGGAGAUUCGAGCAUCAGAAACGCCAUUGCUAAUUACACUCACCUGAGAAAGAAGACGAAGAAGGAGGCACUGAAAUUGAUGUCAUCCGCCAAACAAACGGACGACAGAAUCGGAUCGAUUCAUGGAGAUCUCCAUCUCUACGCUGUGGUUCGAGCCCUAAAGGAAUCUAGUUUCGCAACCGUUUCGAUAUUCGGCUCCGUGCUGUCGUUAAUGGCGAUUGAAUCGCCCAAAUCGAAGCCGAGUCGGUGGCAAUUAGUUUCGAAAGUGGUGAUGCGAAGGGGAGCGGUAGCGAGCGAAGAAAACGAGGAGAUGGGGAAUGAAUUUGGCGAUGUGGAUGCGGCAUUGGGAGCUGUCGGCGAUGGCGUGGAGGCGGAGAAGCUGCAAUCUGCGCGUGGAAGCUUAGAGGGUUUGGAAAUCGCCAUGGAAGGAUUUGAGAAUGGAUUGAAAGGGAUAUUCAGGGAGAUGAUUAGAGCCAGAGCUUGUCUCUUGAAUUUGAUUUCUCACUAGUCUUCCAAAAUCUUGGAAAUGCAUCCAAAUUUUGUAAUGUGUACAAAAUUACCAGUAAAUAAUAAAACAAAUUGUGCUCCUUUGCAAAAUCUCUGUCAUGAGAACAUUAACAACAAUAAAUACCCCAAUCCAAGCUGCUUGUCCCUGGCUCUAAAAGACUUUGCUUCAAACUAGCUGUCUUUAGGAGGGAGCUUAGUACUGCAUACAAAUAUU